AUGGAUGCCUUCCAGGAGAUGUUUCAGAAGUUGGAGAAGAUUGGGGAAGGCACCUACGGUGUGGUGUACAAGGCUCGCAACAAGCGCACAGGGCAGCUGGUGGCCCUCAAGAAGAUCCGCCUGGACUCGGAAACAGAGGGCGUCCCCAGCACUGCGAUUCGAGAAAUCUCACUGCUGAAGGAGCUGAAGCACCCUAAUAUAGUCAGGCUCCUGGAUGUGGUGCACAGCCAGAAGAAGCUCUAUUUGGUGUUUGAGUAUCUGAAUCAGGACCUGAAGAAAUACAUGGACUCAUCCCAAACUGGAGAGCUGCCUUUAAGCUUGGUCAAGAACUACCUUUUCCAGCUGCUGCAGGGCGUGAGCUUCUGCCACUCGCACAGAGUCAUCCACAGGGACUUGAAGCCUCAGAACUUGCUGAUUAAUGAAGCGGGAGCAAUCAAGCUGGCUGAUUUUGGACUGGCAAGAUCUUUUGGAGUCCCUCUGCGCACAUACACUCACGAGGUGGUGACUCUGUGGUACCGAGCCCCUGAAAUACUGCUGGGAUGCAAAUACUAUUCGACUGCUGUGGACGUCUGGAGCAUCGGCUGCAUCUUUGCAGAAAUGGUGACCAGGAAGCCCCUGUUUCCAGGGGACUCUGAGAUCGACCAGCUCUUCCGCAUCUUUCGCACCCUGGGCACUCCCACCGAGGUGACCUGGCCAGGGGUGACCCAGCUCCCUGACCACAAGAGGGACUUUCCCCGGUGGGCAAGGAAGGAGAUGAAGGAAAUAGUUCCCAACUUAGAUCGCGACGGUAGAGACUUACUGGUGCAAUUGCUCCUGUACGAUCCCAGCAGGCGCAUCUCAGCCAAGGCAGCCCUCAAUCACCAGUACUUCGUCUGCAGAAGCCCUCAGGAGCAAUGCGCGCUACAGAGACACUGCAAAUGA